GCCUGGUGGGGAGCCGUGGCAAACGCAGUCCCCGACGGAUCACCGAGACGGUGCAACGCGUUCCGCCGGCUCCGCUUGAUAUCUAGACGAGUCCUUCGCCACGUGACCGUCAUUAGAAAUCGCACACGAAUUGAAGACCCUCGACUAAGUUUUUCGCGACGAUCGGAGGAGAUCCAAGGGGUUUUUUCAACUCGAAGAUACUUUUACGAGAAACCCCCCUUGGUUAACUCCGGAAAUCAGAAUCUUGAUGAGAAAACGGGGAUGGAGAUCGCAUGACUAUGACAGGACAAGGUAGAAGGACUGUCGAGUCCGUGAGAUCCGUCGCGAGAUUCUGAAGUGCAUCCUAAAGAAUUCGUAACUGUCGCUUGCGCGAUCCUUUCGCGGUUGGACACGUGAUUCCCACGGGGGUGGCGCACCCCAAGGCCGUCGUGAAUGGUGCUGAAAGGUGAUGAACGUGUUUUCCCAAGACCGUUAAGGACGGUUCGUGAUGUUUAGCUGCUACGGGAGAUUUUAAGUGUACGGAUUAUCGAGGAUAGACUACGUCCUGAUAAGGCAUGCUAUGCGUCAGAGCACCGGAAACGGAGGUCCGUGCCGAAGAUGACGGGGUUAAGUAGAUAGAGGGAGAGACCUGGGGCUUGGACCACCAUCGACGACGGACGAUUCCCUCGGCUUCUCUCUUUCUCACCGCAGCGCACAAUGCUCUGCUACCGCGCUCUUGUCGUUCUCAUCGCUGUCAACGUGCCAAUCGUGACGGGGCUAGAGCCAGACUUCGCUUACCCGCUGGAGAACGUAACGAUCCCGCAGGGUCGAGACGCUACCUUCACCUGCGUGGUGAACAACCUCGGUGGAUACCGGGUGAGUCCUUCCUCCUCCGCGAGCGGAGAUCACUCUGGCAGCGCCAAGGCCCGGGUGGCGUGGAUUAAAGCAGACACCAAGGCGAUCCUAGCGAUUCACGAGCACGUGAUCACAAACAACGCCCGUCUGUCGGUGACCCACAGCGACUACAACACGUGGACGUUGAACAUUCGUAGUGCACGCCGGGAAGAUCGCGGGAUUUAUAUGUGCCAGGUCAACACGGACCCUAUGAAGAGCCAGAGCGCGUUUUUGGAGGUGGUAAUACCGCCAGACAUCAUCUCAGAGGAGACCUCCAACGACAUGAUGGUCCCCGAGGGAGGUGCCGCGAAGCUGGUGUGCAAAGCGCGCGGUUAUCCCAAGCCCGACAUCGUGUGGAAGCGAGAAGACGGCGCCGAAAUCAUUUCACGUGCCGGCCAAGGCAAGACAAAAAUACCCACUGCAGAAGGCGAAGUGCUGACUUUGUCAAAAGUAACGAGAGGCGAGAUGGGCGCCUACCUGUGCAUCGCCAGCAAUGGAGUGCCUCCGUCAGUCAGCAAGCGAAUGAUGCUGCACGUGCACUUUCACCCGAUGGUCCAGGUACCGAACCAGCUGGUCGGGGCUCCAAUCGGAACUAACGUGACGUUGGUCUGCCAGGUGGAAGCGUCACCUAAGGCCAUUAAUUAUUGGACUCGAGAAUCGGACGAAAUGAUAAUCACCAACAGCAAGUACGUGAUGUCCGAGGUGAAGACAUCAGUGUACAGCGUGCAGAUGCGACUGGUGAUCAUGAAUCUGCAGAAGCACGAUCUGGGUGGCUACAAGUGCAUCUCGAAAAACUCCAUCGGCGACGCUGAGGGGAACAUCCGGCUUUACGAUAUGGAGCUACCUAAACAUCCCAAAAAGACCGGCGACCGGCGAUCAGACGACGACGGGAGCGACUCGAUCGGUGAUCGCGAUCACAGAUUAAACCACGUGCAUCAAGGAUCCCUGAGGGAAACGGGAUCGACCCUGGAACCAGCUUUCGACGCGGACGACAAUUCAGCGUCCACAACGUCGAGAGACAACGCGCCGCCGGCGAUGAUCGGUGUCGUCUUGAUCGUGCUGCACCACUUGCUCGCUUCGACGUAAGAUAGACGUAACCUAUUUGCCCUUAAAUGCAAACUACGUUUACCGCAAACUCGGUUCGCUAACCCAAGGAGACUACGAGACAGCGGCAAAGUAGCUCCGUCGCCUCGCGUUCCCGGCAAUCCACGACAUUACUGCCGAAUCUCGAUAUCGAUAGACGUUGAUACUGACGGAAUGUUAAUCACGUUAAUCACAGUGUUUUGCACGAUUACUGUGCGUCGUAUUACUUCACGAUGAAGGAAUACAAAAAUAUUACAAGGCUCACCAUUAAAUCGCGUUGAAUGAAAUUUCUCUGCAGAAAGUCAGAGGGUAAAUUGACACGGACAACUCGGCUAUUAUUUCAAUCCUUUGCGUGAUAACUUUUCGCCGGCCCAAUUCCCUUCGAGUGAAAAACACAAUUAUGUUUUCAUUAUUUAUUUUUGUCAUAAUAAACGACAGAUUAAAAUUACUAAUGCGGAUUCGGAGUCUCUAUCAGUGUUGGCUCUAUGCGAUAAUUAAAUACUGUCGGUUCAUAUGUUGAUGAUGAAGAAAAAUUCAUUUCAUAAAAUUCAUAUGUGUGAUAUGCGAGAACGUAUGUUAGUAAUAAUAAUGUCCACAUUCACACAAAAAUACCGGAAACUUGAGCUUAAAGCUUAAAAAGAAUAUCAAAUUAACGAGCAAUAUGUUAAAUUAAGUCAUUCAUAAUGCAAUGCGAGACUGAACAAGUUAACUGUUAGCGCACGACAGUGCAAUAUGGAUGACUUUUAUAUUUAAAGAAGAUAUUUUUAGUAAAUUAGUCGAUUUUCCUGUUUCAAUUUCAUCUCCUAUAAUGCCAGGCAUACGAGGACACAUAUAUAAUAUAUAAAAUACAUGCUUCCUAUUUUGAAGUCUAUCAUUUUACAUUUAACAAUUUAGAAGGCGGAAAAUAGAUUCGUUCCUCUUUUCGUGAAAUUAUAAAUGUUAUAAUUUAGCCCUUAGUAUUACUUCAUUAGUAAAUUAAUCUUGCACCUGAAAAAAUUGGCUACUUAAUAUAUGUUCCAAAAAAUUGUUUUCCUUUUUCAUUAUUCGCAUUCUUUAGGAUCGAUAUUAUUUACAUUUCACAAAAAGACCGCGAUUUCUUUUAUAUAAAAGCCGUCCAUAUUUCGUAUGGUAUCGAUCCAACGUGGCCGUUCUUCCGUUCAAUGCUCGUUUAAAUUAACAGCCAAGCGAAUAUCGACGAAACGUUAACGGCAGACCGAAGAUCGUGAAAUUUUGUCCCCGUCGUCAUUGAAAGAUACGGUUGCUGCGAUUAUCCAUCUACGGCUUAACAAGAUAUCUCGUUAGCAUCUCCACACCACGAAUGACAUAAUUAUUAAAUCGCCAGCUUUUUUUUUGUAAAGUCGGCACUUCGUGUUCGAAACAUCGGAUUACGGAGGGAGGUGGUUACACGCGAAAUCAAUUACACAAAUGUCAUUUACGUCGAGUGGUCACCGACGCGACGCCGGGAGGAAGUGCUCCGGAGAACGGACUGCCGCGAGCGAGAAAUCGCGCGUGUUUAAUUAACGCGCGAAUUUCCAUCGAGCAAAUUUCACAUUAGACGCGAUCGAGCGGAACGAGCCACCGCGUAAGGCAUCAACAUCUGAUCCAGAAGCGUUCGAUUGAGGAAGCCGAGGUGCCCGGUCUUCCGCUCGCGUGCGUGAGUUCGCAACUCGUACGCCUCGCAUCCUUGGGAAAUACAAUUUCGCAGUGUAUAUUCCUUGAAUAUCUCAACAGGGACUAGGAACGAAAGAGCAUCCUUCGGAAAUUUUACAUCGAACUAUAGUCAACAUUCACAAUUCCAAUCGCUUUAAAGACGCUGAGACUUUUCUCGAUUGAAAGUUUUCUUUUAUACUUUGUGCAGUUUUUAUACUUCAUGUCACUUAUGUUCGAUAUUUCUCUGAGGGGGAGGGGGGUGCGUUAGCGCGCAUGACAGGGCGGUAAUUGAAAUUUUUCUCAUUAACAUAUUCAGGCGCGAGCAAUCGUAUGGAUAUACUUUUAUCGGCAAUUUCGUUAUUAAAUGUCUAUAUCGAUCGAUCCGCAUGACAGAAAUGCCUCUCUUUCGGACAUCUACAGAUGGCAUUAUUAUUCAAGCAACUAGGUAAUUUUAAUUUCUUCAACACACAACGCCAUGACAUUUCGUGUGAUUUUAUUCUUUAUAUUUAUUCUAGUCCUGUGAAUAUAAUGUAUUAUAUUUGAAUCAACAUCGGUCCAGAAUAUCCUGUCAAAUGAAAGAAGGCUUUCGGUUCUUAUGCCACGAUAAGAAUUUCAUAAGAGAGAAUUUCAUAAGAGAUAAAUUUCAUAAAAGAUCCGAAGAGAAAUAUCGAUAUAUGCUUCGAACAAAAAAAGUAGAAAUUAGAAAUUUUUUAGAUAAAAGGAUGCUUUGUAAAUAACUAAUUGCCAGAGUUCUCGAUCGUCAGGAUUCAAAUCUUGAAUUAUAAAUAUUUGGUCGGUAUCAAAAGAAUCUCCGCAUAUAUCAAGAAAUGAGAGUGCGAAACAACCGUAAUAAACAAAUUACUAUUAUCCUGUGUCAACAAUUACAAAUAUUAUUGAAACUAAUCUUAUUUCUGCAGAAAUUGUAAAUUAUUUGUAUAAAAAAUUUUUAUAGGAAUAACUUAUUAUUCUCUUUACAUAAUCUUGAAGUCUAUGCUUUCAUUCCUUUUUUCAAGUUAAAUUUAAGUAAAAGCUCAUGUCUCACAUUAAUAUUAGAAUUAAUUUAUAAAUAAUAUUGUAGGUAUUUAUAUAAUUCACACUUGUCCAGAUUUUCAAAAAAUUCGUGGUCCACUAAAAAUGCGACGGCUCGGUAAACGAUUAGGAUAUUUUGUACGUAAUUUCGACCCCAAUUACAACGAGGUGCGCAAAUGAAAGCGAAAGUGAGAGAUAAUUACUCGUCCCGAUUAAGAGAAACGUGCCAAAUGUUCGCCUUCAUUAUUCUUUCCUUAUUGUAAGACCUUCGUCAUUUUAUUUAAAACGGCUCAUUAUAAAUAUCGGUAUUCUAAGGGUCCACAUCGCUUAUCUCAAGCUCUCAAGUCUAAUCUUAGAUCCUUAUGUUGUUACUUCAAUUCACAGGCGGCUUUUCUAUAAAUGGCAUCAAUGACAAUUUUAUUUGUUUUGAGUUGGCGACAUUUAUGGAGUUCUUACCUAGAUCUUGAAAAUGUUCAUAUGAAAACAACAAAGUGACGAAAGAACGAUCUAUCCAUCUUUUUGUAUAAAUGUAUAUAUACUUUCGAAUUAACAUUUGUUAAUCCAUUAGUUAAAUCUCAAGUCCUGUAAACUCUGAUUUGUUAAGUAGAUUAAGGUCCUAUAACUUUACUGUAAAUUACGAUACAAAAAGCUACAUUCUCUAGAAAAAAACUUUAGAAUCUUAUUUCUCGAUUUUGACAUAAAGGCACUCAGGUCCUUUUACACAAAAGUCGUCCAUUUAAUAGGACAAUGAAUAAUGUCGGUAGAGAAAGGAUGCGGAAGCUUUAUAACGACAACACCUUUGCUACCGCUCGUUGUCGACGGCAUUGUCAAUUAUGUUAUCCGACAGUCGCGUUGUAGAAUGGACGAUUAACGCGUUUGGAGGUUAAAUAUUUUAUACUUGUGAAGUACGAAGAAUAGGUCCGUCAGCAUAUAAGCCGUUUUCAUAGAGGUAUAAUACCAUAUGACAAGGUAAAAUGGCUCGUUUCUGAUUCCUUCUUUACGUGACAUUAAAUCAAGUAUUAUAAUUAGUCGUUACAUCAUCAGUAAUUGUACGACUAUCGAAAAUUUUCAAUUAUUAUAAGAGUUAAUAAUUUAUUCUAUGUUUUCGUUGCACGUUUGGAUAGACGUUCUUCUUUCCUGUUUUCAUAAUCGCAAUAACAUGUUCCCUUUUCUCCCACAAUGAAUAGAAUAUAUUAAAUUUAAAAACAUAUAAAAUAAUUCAUAAAAAUAAACAGAAUAAAUUAAUAUAGAAGAUUAAUCACGAGACUUAUCGUCAGAUAAGACAUAAACAAACUAAUAUUAUAUUCAUAAAAGUUUACUAAAUUUAACUAAUUAAACUUUUGUUAUUUUUCUUGAUUUUGGUUUAUUUAACUUAUUCGCACACACAUUUACAUAUCUUUAAAUGUUGUUAAACCUAAUCGCGAAUAUAAGCUGAACACACAAUUAUCCGAGUGUUUUGACAUCAAAGCUUAAGGAGCUAAUUUCUGUACAGUUAUCAUACUAUCAAUCGUACAAGUCGUGGAGUGCUAUGAUGUCGUGACAUCGGAAAUAGUAUCGGUGUCAAACUAUCCUGAUUGUGAAUAUAUUUCAUAUUUAAUGUCACGUGAAAAUGGGUCAAAGCGUCAGCACGAUUGUUUCGUUACAUUCGCAAUUGGGCCUCGUUAUAGUCACAAUAAGUGGGUGUACAUGCCUGUUUUGUGUGCGUGCCUGUGUAUGCGUGUACGUGCAUGUGUGAGAGAAACAUCGCGAUGUCUAAUUAUUAAUGAAAAGCGGGAAAACGUCUGUGUGUAGAUUGUGUAAAUUACGGAAUAGGGUUUAUUGAAUUGUUGAUCGUAGGUGUGUUUAUAUAUAUAUAUGCAAGGAUUAUAUUAUAUAUAUAUAUAUAUAUAAAUAUAUAUAAAUAUAUCUAAAGCGUAAGUUGAAGUAAGGAAAAUAAAAAUCAAAUCAUAAUUGAAUCGGCCUUUGUGCGUUAGGACGGAUAAUGCAAGCCUUCGUGGCUCAAAAUUAUCGACCAGUUCUGUUGAUCGAUCAUUGUUGAUUAUCGUUUGGAACAUUGUUAUAGCUGCCAACGUUUUUUAAGGAUGAAUCGACUAUUCGUCAUCCCGUAAAUCAUCUUUAUCACGAUGAAACGGCAAAAGAUAGUUGAGAAAUAAGAAAGGUCAUACAUAUAGCAUUGCGUUGUGCAGUAUAUCAUUUGACAGUUGAGAAAAAAAUAACGCGAAAAUAUCUCCAUUUUAAUUCUUAAUAAUUUGUAAUACUUAAAGUGGGUUAUAUCGAAACAAGGCACAUAUGAAAAGAACAGAGUGAAAUUAAUGUUGCAAGAACGUUUUUACUUGAAUUUUAUCCCUUCAGAUGCGUUACGUCAAAUCAAUGUUUUUAACACAAUUUCAUUAGACAAAUGUCAAAGAGAAGAUACGAAAGUAAUGUUGAACUAUGUUAACUCGUUCGUUAACUCACAUUAGUGAAUUAGAUUUCUUAACGAAAUCGUACAGAAGAUUUCGAUCUGUUCAUUUUUAUAUAUGACACAUAAAAUGUGUAAAAAAAAAACGUAGCAUAGAAGAAAUUGGUCCAUUUUUUAAAAUACAUCCGAAAAUGUUUGCGCGGUUAAAGGGGUUAAGGCGACGCAAGGAGCGAAGGGCGCAAAUUGCGUCGCGAGUUAACAUAUCAUUUAAUGAUUCAAGCAUUUCAGUGAUGUUUUACUUACAUAUCGGCGAGUCUCCGUGCGCUUUGAUCGUUCUCAUGGCUUUCCGAACGUUAGAAUUCAUCAUUAUGUGGCGUCGCACACACGAGAGCGCGUAGAAGUACCGAUAUGUUCUAUGCCUUUACUUAAAUUGUUAAUGUAAAAGUAUCGGACAUCGAGCUAAAUGUGCUGGACAGUAAUCGAUGCCCGAUAUUAUUGCGAGCGUCGAAUAUCGAUACUUUUAAGCAUCCCUACGCAUCAUAUCGCUCCGAGACAGUCCACUUCGUCGUAUCUGAAACAAUGUAAAAAGUGCUAUUUAGUACGAUUAGAGUCGAAAUGAGAGAGGGAGAGAGAGAGAGAGAGAGAAAAAGAGAACUCGUGCGUACCGAUUUCCCUUAGAACUCGAUCGCGCUGACUCUUUUAAGGACGAGAUAAUUAAUCCGCGAUUCGAAAAAGGGACGGCUAGCCUUUAAGAGGGACGUCUCACGUACGGUGUCCUCGUACGAGUGGCCUGACCUUAAUAUAUUUUGCACUAUGUAUACAUAGAUAUACAGAAUGGCGACCUAUCCUCCUCACGAAUACCCCUAUUGUGAAUACUACCGUCUUCGAUUCAGCCCUCCGUUCCUCACCCCGCCCUUCCCAAAUCCCGUCCUCCUCGAGAUGAAAAAUGUUUAGUCAACGGCGGCGCAUCGCACACUGUACAAUAAUCUCACGCCCGUGCAUAUGUUAUAUAAAUACACGAUAUACGUACGAUUAAUGAUAUGCAUA